AUGAAAUAAUAAAAUUCAUUACCCAUUAUUGAAACUAAACUUAUUGGGGAUACUCUUAGGUAAUUAGCUUUAUUAUUUAGAUUUCUAAAGACACCACUCUAAAGAAAUAACUAUUUAAAGGCACUUGUCAAAUAAAAAGAAAAACAAAAAUUAAAAGAUGAGAAAUAAUUAUUUCAAUAAAAAUAAUAAGUUCUUUAACAUAGUAAAAAGAAAUUUCUUUCACUUCUCAAAAGUAGAAAUAGUGAACUAUCUUUUAUGAAAUUUCGUCCUAUUUAAAAACCUCUUAAUUUAUUAAGAAUGUGUGCAGAAUUAAAAAUUUCAGACAGAAUUUCUAAAUCUGUUGAAUAUGAUGAAGUAAUCGAAUCUAAACCUUCUAGUAAAUCAAAUAGAACUAAACAUAGUUCAUCUUAAUAUUUUGAUCAUUCAGUUCAUGUUUAAUAGUUUAAAGAUGAAAGCACUCCUAAAUAAAGAGGAACAUUGUAAUAUCUCUCUUCAUAAUCAUUAAUAAAAACUACUAAUCCACCUUAAAUUAAAAUAGAAAAAAAAUCAAAUCCCACUUCUAAUACUCAAACACCAAGAUUAAAAAUUUCUGUUAGAAAAUUGCCAUUAAAUGAGUUAGAAUAAAAACUUGAACAUUUAAAAUCUAAUUCUGAAGAUCUCAAUCUUUAAACUGGAAUUCUUUGUAGAGUUCCAAGCUAAAUGUAUUUCAAAUUUAUUAAUUUAGCUUAAUUCGAAAUGGAAUACUCUUGCCAACCUAAAAACAUUAAAUAAAAAUAGCAAAACGUAAAGAAUGUUGGGAAGAUGAUAAUUCAUCAUUAGCUUCUCAUACAGAAUUAAAAUUAGAUUCUAUUUACAAUAAUUCUAAACAUCUCAAAUAAGAUCAUAAAAACUAUGAACAUAAGAAAGUAGAGUAUUAAUAGGAAUCUAUCAAAUUAUUUUACAAGAAAAUUUAUUGUAAAAUAUGA